AUGCAAGGUAUCAAGAUUGGCCUCCUCGUCACGCGCAUCUGGCUGCUUAUCUGCGCCUGCGUCGUGCUGGGCACCUCGGCCCACCUCACUAGCGUCACCAAAGCCAUUUGCGAUUACAUCAAUGGCGAUGGGGGCUACUGCGACGAAAGCCAUCUGCUGGCCCCCUUGAGGUACUGCAUAUUUACGCUGGCCGUGUGGAUGCAUAACAUCGGCGGCUGCCGCGCCGGCCCUAUUUGUGGCGAGCUCAAAGCCGACAUCGCCUUUUUGUUUCUUGGCCUGUCCGGCUACAUUGUUGCUGUCGUCCUUGUUUUCGUGUGGCAGCGGAGGCGGCAAGCCAGAGACUGA